CAGUACUUCCAUUCACAACAGCUGCAGAGUGGAUUGUUUGUCCCCGAUUAGCAAAGAAGCAUCAGAAACCUAUGGCCCCCCACGCACGUCCCAGAAACCCAAACUCUAGAGGUUCUAGCCGUUAAGUAUUAGAGUUGGAGAAGGUCUUCGUGGAGAGCAUGUGCUGAACCUCCCUCCUGUGACAGGCUCAAGUCUUCUUUGGAUGUAGGAAAUGUUCUCUUGAAGGUUUCUUGAGCAAGAAUUUUGUUCCAGCACUGCCAGCCACAAUGAAUAACUCUUCUUUGGAGACCCGAGGACACCCCCACAGUGCCUCCUCCCCUUCAGAGCGGGUGUUCCCGAUGCCCCUGCCCAGGAAGGCGCCUCUCAAUAUUCCCGGCACCCCAGUCCUCGAAGACUUUCCUCAGAAUGACGAUGAGAAGGAGCGGCUGCAGCGGAGGCGGUCGAGGGUCUUUGAUCUGCAGUUCAGCACCGACUCGCCUCGCUUGUUGGCCUCCCCGUCCAGCAGGAUUAUUGAUGUUUCAGCUACUAUGCCUAAGUUUACAAACACACAGAUUACGGAACAUUACUCCACCUGUAUCAAACUGUCCACUGAAAAUAAAAUCACUACCAAGAAUGCUUUUGGUUUGCACUUGAUUGAUUUUAUGUCAGAGAUUCUUAAACAGAAAGACACCGAACCAACCAACUUUAAAGUGGCUGCAGGCACUCUGGAUGCCAGCACUAAGAUCUAUGCCGUACGUGUGGACGCCGUCCAUGCCGACGUAUACAGAGUCCUUGGGGGACUGGGCAAAGAUGCACCGUCUUUGGAAGAAGUGGAAGGCCAUGUUGCAGAUGGAAGUGCUACUGAAAUGGGAACAACCAAAAGGGCUCCAAAGCCAAAGAAGAAGCUCUUACACAGAACCAUCGAGCAGAACAUAAACAACCUCAAUGUCUCCGAAGCAGAUCGGAAGUGUGAGAUUGAUCCCAUGUUUCAGAAGACGGCAGCCUCGUUUGAUGAGUGCAGCACAGCGGGGGUGUUUCUGUCCACGCUCCACUGCCAGGACUACAGAAGUGAGCUGCUGUUUCCCUCUGAUGUCCAGACGCUCUCCACGGGAGAACCUCUCGAGUUGCCAGAGUUAGGUUGGGUAGAAAUGACAGAUUUAAAAGCGCCCUUGCAGCAGUGUGCGGAAGAUCGCCAGAUCUGCCCUUCCCUGGCCGGGUUCCAGUUUACUCAGUGGGACAGUGAAACACAUAAUGAGUCUGUGUCGGCCCUGGUAGACAAGUUUAAGAAGAAUGACCAGGUGUUUGAUAUCAACGCUGAAGUUGAGAGUGACUGCGGAGACGUCCCUGAUGGGUCCCUGGGGGAUGACUUUGAUGCCAACGAUGAACCCGACCGCACUGCAAUUGGGGAUCAUGAAGAGUUCAGGAGCUGGAAGGAGCCCUGCCAGGUUCAGAGCUGCCAGGAAGAAACGAUUUCCCUCGGGGAUGGAGACGUCAGGACCAUGUGCCCCCUUCUGUCUAUGAAACCUGGAGAAUAUUCUUAUUUCAGUCCUCGGACCAUGUCGAUGUGGGCUGGCCCGGAUCACUGGCGCUUUAGGCCUCGACGCAAACAAGAUGCUCCCUCCCAAUCAGAAAACAGAAAGAAGAGUACAAAGAAAGAUUUUGAAAUUGACUUUGAAGAUGAUAUUGACUUUGAUGUAUCAGCAGGAGCAGCCGCUGCAGCCCAAGAACACUUGGAGCCAAGUGUUCUCUGUUCUCUGGCCGACCCUUCUGCAGUGCGAGCGUGCUGGUAUAAGGCAGUCACUGUGGUUAAAGCCCUAGUCAGGGGUCAGAGCCCGGAACACGGCCUGCUCCACGCAUGCGAGAAUGAAACAUUCGGCUGCAUGCUGCCUGAUGUGCUGAGCCAGCCGGGAGGAGACCUUAUCUUACCAUUACUUAAGAUGGCCCAGGGCCGAAGGGCAGAGACUGAGCAUUAUGAGGAAAUUGAAGACUAUGAUUACAACAACCCUAACGACACCUCCAACUUCUGCCCUGGAUUACAGGCUGCCGACAGUGAUGAUGAAGAUUCUGAUGACUUAUUCGUGGGACCAGUUGGGAACUCUGACCUCUCACCUUAUCCUUGCCAUCCACCUAAGACAGCACAACAGAAUGGCGACACUCCGGAAGCCCAAGGAUUAGACAUCACAACGUAUGGGGAGUCAAACCUGGUAGCCGAGCCUCAGAAGGUAAAUAAAAUUGAAAUUCACUAUGCCAAGACUGCCAAAAAGAUGGACAUGAAGAAGUUGAAGCAGAGCAUGUGGAGUCUGCUGACAGUGCUCUCCGGAAAAGAGGCAGAUGCAGAGGUCAGAUGCUCUGCCUGUUCUCUAGAUAAGUUAAUACAGACCAACUUUGAAAAAGGUGUUUUUCGGUGCCACUGCCUGCCCCCUGUCAUGGCUCAGAACCUCUCCAUACCUCUGGCUUUUGCCUGUCUCCUACAUUUAGCCAAUGAAAAGGGUCCCCAGCCAGCUGAUGACAGCGCAGCCUUUGGCACCUGCAGUAGAGGCUAUGGGCUGGGCCACGGCGUGUGCGGCAAGCGCCACCCUGGGGCUGGGGCACUGUGGCCAUGGUGUGCACCGUCACUGUCAGCUCCCCAGGAGGAGGGGUGGGCACUGCUGUGCAGGAAUGCUGAACUUGCACGGCUGCUGUUGGGGGGCAGUAAGAUGGUGACCGGUGACUGUGGAGAGAGGACGUGCCUCGUUCACAAGCCUAUGAAGGCAGACAUGCCCGUGGUUAUAGGAGAUGGUAGUUCCUAUACCUGA